GUAUAUUUAUUUCAUCGUAUUCAACUACUAAAUAAUGAGUGUAGUGACAUAUAUUAAUAUAUUUAUUACUUUAUGCAAUAGUUUUAUGUUUAUAGAUUGAAUAAUUAUACUUAAAUUUAUUUGGAUUAACAAUACUGCAAUUUUUUUUUUUAAAUAAUGGUGUCGUGAUGUAAGGUCAAGUAGAUUUAACAAUGAAUCAGAAGAAUGAUAAUAUGCUUAGUGUUGAUGACACUGUUUUUGUUUUAUUGGAGUCACUCAAAUCAAAUGGAACAUUUGAUGAGUUUCGUAGAGAUUGUGUAUCAAAUAUUGAUGCAAAACCUACGUAUCAAAAUUGGAAACAACGCAUUGAGACAAAUAUUAGCAAAUUUCUAAGUAAAGUUAAAUACACACCAGAGUUAAAUAAAAAUACAAUUCGAGAACGUCUUAGGAAACAUUUAUUUGAUGGAUGUGAAUCUCGAGAAAUAGAAGACGGUGCGGACAGAAUUUUAAACCAAGUAUUAGCACCUAGAACUAUAAGUGUAUUUGAAUCCAAAAUAGAAUACAUAGUUAACGAAUAUUUAGGAAUCAAAAAUGAAAAUACCAAUCAACACGAACACAAUGGAUUUCGUGGAUCAAGUGUUAAUGUUAACAAUUUGACUGAAAUUAAAAUUAAUGUCUCCAAUCAAGAUUAUGACCAAACUAAAACAAAUGACAUUAAUGAAAGUGCUGAUGUUAUCUCUCCAGAGUUUGAACCUUUAAUAUCAGGGUUAGAUGAAAAUAGUAAUGAUGAAAGCAUAUCUGGAAUGUCAGAUUUGAAUAGUAUUGGUGGAAGUCCUGUGCAAACAACUAAUGAAAAUAGUGAAAAUAAUCUUAAUGGCUUUAAAUUUGAAAAUAUAUCUGUUGAUUUAAUUAAAAAUGGUGUAGAUCCAAUAAAUGAAAGUGAUAAAACAGAUAUUAAUAGAAAUACUAAUAACACAGAAAAACCAAAAACAAUAGAUUCCAGUCCUAAAAGUAAAAGUAAUUUAUUUACGAGUAGUAAAAUUCAAGACAAAUCACAUAUAAGUAGUAAUAAAUCUGAGAAAUCUAAGGAAAAUUGUUCAAAUAGCGUAGAAAAAAACAAUUCUAAAAAAAGUAAAGACUUGAAAGAUAAAAAAUCUAGUAAUCAUAACAAACAUCGCAGUGAAAAUAAAGAUAAAGAAAGAAAACAUAGACAUGAUAAAAAAUCUCAUCAUAGUGACAGAGAAAAAUCACCAAAAAGAGAUAGAAAAGAUUCUCGACCAGAUAUGAAAGAAAAAUCAUCUAGCCUUUGUAAAGAACCUAAAUCAACGAAUGGGAAUCGAAGUGAUGAUGAGAGUAAUGCUGGUGGUUCUUCUAAACAAAAAUCAAAUUCUCAUAAAAAUAAAUGUUCUACAUCUGAAAAGUCAAAGUCAUCAUCUAGUCACCAUAAAAGUAGUAGAAAAGACAAUGGAAAUAAAGACGUUGUUGAUAAACCAAAUGAUAAUUCAUCUGAUAUUAGUUUAGCUAAACAUAGUAAAGAAGCUAAAAAUAAUGACAAAAAAUCUAAAAACAAUGAAAGAGUUGAAACUAAAACUAUUGACCAGUAUACUAGAUCAAUUUCUACCAAUAAACUUAAUACAGAAAAUUUUCUUUCAGCUAAAAUCCAAACUGAAACUAAAAAUUCAGCAGAAAAUCUAAAUAGAAUGAUAAAAGGAAAUUCUUCUUCAAAUUCUAAACAAGAGGAUGAUUUUUUACUAGAAUCUGAAAAAUUUAAUCAAAUAAAUUCAAUAAAUGAUGUUAGUCAAUAUAUUAGAUCUAAGAAUUUAGAUGAAAUAUGUAAGUCUCCUAUUAAUAAAGAUUCAGCGUCUCAUACUGAAGUAUCUGAUUCUACACAUCAAAACAUUAUUACUGAUAGUAGGAGAAAUGGUGAAAUUGGUUACAAAUUAAAUACAUUACAAAAUAAUCUAAAAGAAACUUGCAAAGAUAAAUCAGUUCAUAAAAAUAAAAAAAGUAAAGAAUUUAAAGAUAAAGAUAAAAUUAUUAACAUAUCAAAAAAAAAUAGUAAUUUUACAAAUAAGUUUAGUGAGUUCACUGAACCGCUCCAUGAUGACUUAAAAUUAAAAUUAAAACGUAUUGGAAAAGAUAAGUAUAAAAGAAAUUCAGAAGUUUAUGAUAGUACUCAUGCUAGUAAAACUAAAAAACUAAAAAAAGCAUCUGACAUAUUGAAUGAUUUAGAUGUUCCUCAUUAUGAUUCUUUUGAAAAAAAUAAUGAGUUCAAAACCAAAAUAAAUUUUAAAAUAGAUAAAAAUCUAAUGAAUAUGUACUUAGAGAAUAAAAAUUAUGAUAUUUCUGAACAUGAUAAAUCUGAUUUAAUUAAAGGUUUCAUAGGAUUCAACCAAAUGGAAGCUAUUCCUUGUCAAAAUUAUGCAAAAUUGAAUGAUAUAGUAACAGUCUUACAAGAUUGUGCUAAUAAUAUUACAGAGAAAUGUGGUUUUAAAGGUUUUACGUCAACAGAUGCAAUCCAUUGUAAAAAUAGAGAUAUUGUAUUAACUCAACUUGUUGAUAUGAAAAACGAUAAAUUUCAAGGUUUUUCUAAUGAAGAAGUUCAAGUUUGUUUUGGUCAUAAACAAGUUAAACAUCAUCUUGAGAUCAUCAAGAAUCAAAUUAGUGCCCCGGAAAAAAGUAUUCAUAAUGAUGUUGCUAAUGGAAGUAAUGGCACUCGAAAUGGUAAAACUUUAAAUAAUGUGAUGGCUUUUUUAUAUGAAAAUGAUGAAAUAUCAGAUAGUAAAACAAAUAUAAUUUAUAAUCAGCCAACCAUAAGUAGUUGUAAGAGUGAUAUAUUACCAACAACAAACAAUAAUAAUCGGGAAGAAAUAAAAACUUCAAGACAUUGGGUUGAUGAGCAGGAAAUGAAGUAUAAGUUAUUGCCUGUUAAGGUUAAGCUAGAAAGAUUAUUAGAAUGUAGAACUAGUGAUACUAAAUAUUUAUCAGAUGCUCGACAAUUGCCUGGUGCCUCUAAUGUAUCGGAAAAAAAACCAUACGUUGAGAACAUAAUAAUUCAACAAUAUUUUUUAAUCACUUUUCUCCAAGAUAAAACUUAAAUACCAGGUAAAAAUAAGGUGUUUAAUUAAAACAAUUUUUGGACUGAAAACAAAGGAAACAUUUUGUGAAAGUAUUGAAAAACAUCAUUUGUUUGGUAGAUAAGACUGAAGACAUUUUUCUUUAGUGUGACAAAAACUGUAAAAUAUACAUUUUUCAUUAUUUAUAAGAAUAAUAUUUAGUAUUACAACAAUUUUUUAUUAUUAUUUAAAAAAUGAUUUUUGUUUAUGUUACUCGCAGGAAAUAUUUAAGUUAAAAAUAAUUUCUUUUAUAGUUUAUCUAAGCUAUUAAUUGAGUAGCUUUAUUAAGAAAAAAAUUGUAUACAUGUUGAUUUUGUUUUAAAUUCAUUAUUGAAUUAACAAAAACUUACUGAUCUACAACUUUAAAUUAUUGACAUUUUUUUUUAAAUUUAAAAAACAUUAUUUUUUAACACUAAGUGAAAAAUUUGUAUGGUAAUUUAAUCUGUAAGAUCAAUUAUGAGCUAAAAAU